UCGUCUUGGCACUGCCGGUGCGACUGCCCCUCCUGCGAAGACAUCCAAACCUCCUUCCUCCCCAGAGACUUGUCUGCCUUCAUCUGUCACACAUGCUCACAUAACCUGACAACUCUCUCGCUCCUGCCAAGCACCCUGAACCAUGAAUCCCUUCUUGCUUCAAACUAGAUCCCUGUGCCAUUGAGACCACCCAUUUCAUCCAAAUCAAUCUUCUUGCGUCCCCACCCUCUCUUACCAUAGUCACCAGUAUGCCACCUCGUCCUCACGAUCCCUUCAAUGAUGCGCCGCGUCGUCCCACAUCACGCGCCACCAGCCACUUGCUCCAUCCAACACAUGCUUCCGGAGGCCAUGCCUUGCGCGCCAACUCGGCCGCACGCAACCUCUUUGCGCCUACACUCUCACGACGACCCACUACCACUAAUCCACCUCCGAUGCAUCUGAAUGAACUUGUCCUCGAAGACUCGGAUGAUGCGGAAGACAGGUUAAGCAGGCGUGCAGCAGCUGCUGGCAGGGCGACCCGGACCCGACGGCCGAGGGCUGCCACCGAAACAACAAUCGAGCCGGACGAUGGAAAUGAGCCUGAUCCGACAAGGGAUAUGGUGCUAAGAGACGAAAGGGGUCACUAUCUACACGAAGUUCCUGCUCUAGGAGAGCAGAUCAAUGGCGCAGAUGAAGAAGAUCUUGAAGAUCAACGACGUCUGACAGCUCUCGUGCAAGAGUACUGGGCGUCUGGAACUGCUGCUGGCGGAAGACACAGCAAAAGAUGGGAUGACAAUGAAAUCAUGUCAAGGCUACGAGACUCUGUGGGCAAGACACUGAUGGAAGAGCAAUGGAAAUACGAGCCUAGCGAUUACAUGAAGGCACUGUUGGUCGAGAAUCACGGUCGUGUCUAGUGCCCCUCUUUGCUGUGUUUAUCGUCUCUAUCAAGACUCUUGAGCUUAUUCAUCUAUCCAGGAUCAAGUCAAGAAGAGGCGG